AUGACCAACUGCGAAAUGACAUCCCAAUUGAAGCUUCUGGAAAAGUCAGUGUUGGCCUUGGAUGCUCGGCGUGAGCAUCGCAUCAAUGCCAACUCAUUUCAGCAAGAUGCGUUGACAACUUUCAACGGUUGGCAGUAUGUCUGCUUUUACAGUCACAAGGAUGCGACCAGCAACAUCCUUUUCGUCAAUAUUGCUCGACGACUAAUCAGAGACUCUCUUGGGGAUUGGCAGACGUUAACUUUUCAAGACUAUGAACAGACGGCAGAUGAUGGACAUAAUACUAUAUCGAUCGGCGUUUGCCAAGGAGACGGCACAAUUCACGUCGCGUUCGACCAUCAUUGUGACCCACUGCGCUUUCGAAUGUCAUUACCCGGUGUUGCCACAAAUCCAGAGGCACACAAGUGGGAGCCCUCGCUGUUCAGUCCAACACAUAAUCAACUGCCAGGAUACACUCGCACCGGCCAGCUUGCGACGGAGAAGAUUUUCUUAGAAACGACAUACCCGCGUUUCCUCCCGGUUGACAACGAUUUGCUAUUGAGCUAUCGCAUUGGGAUAGCCGGCGCAGGGUCCGACCACCUCUUCAAGUAUAGCAGCAAGAGCCAAACUUACUCCUAUGUUGGUCAAUUCCUGACUGGCGUCGAAAACAAUCCGUACAUUAACGGCAUUUCCUAUGCCAACGGCCGGCUGCACGUGUCUGGGACAUAUCGUGGGUUUGUCUGGUAUGAGGGCGUCGAUGACCCAGAAGCGAGACUUCACACCGUCCAAGCGGGACCAAAUGGUCCGGAGAACAACUACAACCUCUUUUACGUUUCCAGCGACGACCUAGGAAAGACAUUUAACAACUCCAAAGGAGAGCGCCUAGCCAACCUGGAAAUCGGAGAGACGAUCUUCCCAGACGCGGAUGGCCUGAUCGUGUUUGAUAUCCCCCAAAACAAUGGUAUCUUAAACCAAGAGGCACAGGCAGCAGAUGAAAACGGAGGCUUCCACGUCUUGAACCGCGAAAACGAAGUCUGGAUGCACUACUACCGCAAUGCAGAGGGUCAGUGGAGCAGGCAUGCGUUGCCGGAUGUGCUGCCGACUCGAACGGGGGCGCGAGGGGACGUCAUUGCUUUGCCCGGGAAAGAGACAAUAGUCUUUGCGCUUCCAGGCAAUCGAGACAACAAACUCACGCUCGUGGGAGUCAAAUUGCCUCGAAAGGGCACGGCGGCGGGUGGAACGACUGCGACGUUCGAGUAUCGUCAGUUGUGGCAGGGCGACGGUUUCUCCGGGGAGCCGCAGCUAGAGACAUUUGUUUCGGGAUCGACGCAGUUGAUUUCGAUUUUCACGCGAACGGAAGAGAAGGAAAGAAAGGUUGUGGUGUUGGAUUUUGCGCUGGAGGAUGAUGCUCCCUGA